AUGAACGAAAUUAAGUACCAAUUAAAUAUUGCACUUGAAAAAUUAGGAGUUUCCGAAGAAGAGUUUGAAGAAAAGUGGAAUAAGUUAGAGAACCUGAAGAAUGAAUUGAGGUUGUUGAAAAAUAAAUUAAGAAAAGAAAAAGAUGAGGAAGAAAAGAGAAUUUUGGAGGAGUAUAAAGUUGAUUUGGAUGCUGAAAUAAAAUAUUUAGAGGAAGAGAAAAAGUCAUAUAAGAAGGUGCAAGAGUUAAGUGAAAAGCUAGUAAUGCUACAAACAUCUAAAGCUCUAAUGGUUGGAGUGACUUUACAUAGUUAUAUUGUCGCAUUUAAUCUCAAGGGCCCAUUAACGGAUCAUAAAUUUGUUAUUGUAAACAAAGAAAUAGAUAUGAGCUGUUCAAAAAAGGAAUUUUUUGAUUUCAUUGAAAUACAUAAAUGUCCAAUUAAUAAUCCAAUCAGAAUAUACAAGUUAAGGGAAGUUGUUAUGAGGUCAUACAUGAACAAGUUGACUGGUUUGCCAUCACCAUCGAAACUUGGAGAAUCUGAUGAAUACUUAUAUUGCUCGAAUUUUGGAAAAUUUCAGGAUUUCUGUGAGGAAGUUCCAGAAUGGAAAGACAAUCUUUUCACUUUCAAGUUUUGUAUUGAAAUGGCGAAAUUUUAUGAGAGCGAAGAGCGCCAAAAUGUUGCAAAUAGAAUGUUAUCUGAAUAUUUUGACCACAACGUUGUACAAGAAGGAGCAAUGUUGUUCCAGCACCUGCCCUUAUCUCGAAAAUUGUGGAUAUUAUUAGUUUUCUGCAAGGAACAAAAAACUACCAUUUCGAGUGUGACUAAUCUUCUAUGCUUUCUAGUUGUAAUUGCAGGAUCUUACUUUUCUGUUUCUGGUGCUAUUCUGUCGGAUAAAGCUGUAAUCGAUCUGCUUACUUCAAAAUCACUUCAACUUCUCGAUCAAUAUUACGAACAAGUUGAUGAUCAAAGCAUCACUAAAACAGAUUACCCAAUGCAUCCUUCUUUUCCUUCUUUUCCUAAAGUGACUAUAGAUCAUGAAUCUUAUAACAUUCAGAUUAAUUCUCAAACCAGUAGUUAUCGUCUUUGGGAAGUUAAACUUAUAGGAAAACAAGGUUCAUAUGGAAAAGCCUACGUGAAAGCUAUCCAAAAUCAUCAUUAUUCUAUCGAUACUCAUAAGCAAUUAGCAAAAGUAGAAUAUGCUUCAAAAGUUCUUGCUACCUCAUCUAUUCUCGGAAAUUGGCUUUUGGUUUAUAUGGAAUGUAGAGAAAUCGAAAAUGCAGUUAAGUAUUUGCAUGAUUCAGAACAUGUGUAUGGAGACUUGCAUGAAGAGAACAUUAUGGUUCAUAAGCUUGAGGAUAAUGAUUUUGAUAUAAAAUUAAUUGAUUUUGAAUGA